AAACAAAAACACACCAUUCCUUGGCUCAGAGUAGCUGUUUGAUGUCUUUGUGAGGUAAGGAAACAGGAAGAACGAGACCAAAGCCUUGAUUUGACAAAGAGCAAAGAACACAAACCUAUUGUAGAUGGUGCUUUCCCCAAAUGUAUUUAUAUAGCACAGUUCAAACAAAAAUAAUAAUAAAUAAGGCACCAAAACAAGUCCAGAGUAUCUGUAUAAAAAGGUCAGGAAUACAGCAUUAAUCGGGUUUAGGGGCGGGUUUAAAAAAAUAGGUCGUGAGACAUCAACAGAAAGAUUAGCUGGUGACCCACACAUCACUCAUAUGGAAGGAUGCCAUGAGUAAACCAUUCUCGUUGCCUUAUAAAGCACCAGAAAAGCCUUAAGAAGCACUCAGCAGCAGUGUGGAUGCAUGAAAUGCAGUACACAAGAAGCAAGUAUUUUUAAUUUCGGAGAGCAGCUGGAUUAAGAGCCCGAAACAUAUACGCGUCCUGCUUUUUGUCCCGGCUGCAGUUGUUUCACAAGUACUGAGUCAUCUACAAGUAGUUUUCCCAUUCUUGCAGCCAUCUGCAACACAAGACCGUCAAUGCUCAAUGCUGAUUCCUCCUUUCGCUCCAAGCAGGAGCUCCUUGACCUUCCCGGCCUCCCUCUGAGCAGUGGUCCCUCUCUGGAUACCCCCAGCCCUGUGGACCCUCACAUAGACAGCCUCGUAGACACAGGACCCCGACGCACUGAUGACCCCGAUCGACCAUGCAUGUUCACCGGAGCCUCCAUCUUUCCAGGACAGAUUUAUGCGGCGCAAACGACCCCGUGCGCAGAGUCACAGAUUAAAUUAAAUCGAACCCCCACAGACUCGGAUCAGCUUUGCGGCUGGGGGGCUCUGACGCCCAAAGCGUUCCAAGUCUUCAACACUCCCCGUUGGGUUUUGUUUUUCCUGUGCGUGGCCUCUUUCCUCCAGGGGAUGAUCAUCAAUGGCUUCAUCAACACAGUGGUGACGACCAUCGAGCGGCGUUUCGACCUGCGGAGCUACGAAGCGGGCCUCAUCGCCAGCUCCUACGACAUAGCGGCAUGCGUUUGCCUGGCCUUCGUCAGCUACUUUGGCGGGACGGGCCACAAGCCUCGCUGGCUCGGUUGGGGGGUGCUUCUCAUGGCGCUGGGUUCUCUCGUCUUCGCCUUGCCACACUUCACCACGCCACCUUACCAGGUCAGUCUCUCCAAGCAAACGGGAUUGUGCUCUGCCAACCGGACUAGCCCUUGCCAGGACCGAGAGGGUGGGGGAUUGUCCAGCUAUCGGUUUGUGUUCAUGCUGGGUCAAUUUCUCCACGGUGUGGGGGCUACACCCCUUUACACGCUCGGAGUCACGUAUCUGGACGAGAACGUCAAAUCGAGCUACGGGCCCGUUUACACCGGGAUCUUUUAUACCGCAGCCAUUGUGGGUCCAGCAGCAGGUUAUCUGCUCGGGGGCUACUUCCUCAACAUUUACACUGAGAUCCACCUCACGACAGAGAUGACUCCAGAGAACGCUCUGUGGGUCGGUGCUUGGUGGAUUGGCUUCCUCGUCGGAGGAGCAGCAGCUCUGUUGGUGGCAUUUCCCAUCCUGGCCUACCCAAGACAGCUGCCAGGUUCUCAGGAGCACAAGGCCAUGCGGGUGUCCGAGACCCACCAGCUAAAAGAUGGCAGCCACUCCACAGCUGCGGACCCUCAGUUUGGCAAAUCAGUCAAAGACAUGCCAAGAUCUGUACUGCUCCUCCUAAAGAAUCCCACCUUCUUGUGUUUGUGCUUGGCUGGUGCUACAGAGGCCACCCUCAUUGCUGGCAUGUCGACAUUUGGUCCAAAGUUCUUGGAGUCUCAGUUCAGUCUCAGUGCAUCUGAAGCUGCCACAUGGUUUGGCUUGAUGGUGGUUCCUGCAGGAGGGGGGGGCACCUUCCUGGGGGGCUAUAUCGUAAAGAAAUUGAACCUCCGCUGCCGAGGCAUCAUUCGUUUCUGCAUGUUCAGCGCCAUCGUCAGUCUGCUCGGCAUCUUCAUCUUUCUCAUCCACUGCCCCAAUGUGCCCAUGGCCGGCAUUACCGCUCCGUACCAGUCUGUUGUCAAGAGCCCGGAGGACCAGUUCAAACAGCUUUAUGACCAACCUAAUCAUCUGGGUCCAGGAAACAGCAGCUCCUCUGUAACGGAGGGCUUGACGGUGGGCUGCAAUGCGGGCUGCGGCUGUGUCCGGGAGCUGUACAACCCCGUUUGUGCUGCUAAUAACGUCAUGUAUUACUCCCCCUGCCAUGCUGGCUGCACCUCCAUCAACCACACGGAGGACUCCACGGGCAAAAAGGUGUACUCUGGAUGCAGCUGCGUGCUGGUGGCAGCUAAUGCCUCCUCGGACCACAAUGGGCUCGCCGUGGCGGGAAAGUGUGCCAGCACGUGCCACCACAUGCCGGCCUUCCUCUCGUUCGUCUUCGUCAUCAUCUUCUUCACCUUCCUCUGUAGCAUCCCGGCGCUCACUGCCACACUCAGGUGUGUGCCAGACAGCCAGAGAUCCUUUGGCCUCGGCAUCCAGUGGAUUGUGGUGCGCACAUUUGGCGGUAUUCCUGGACCCAUCGCAUUUGGCUCCAUGAUUGACAUUUCCUGCUUACUGUGGCAGGAUCAGUGUGGAGAGCAGGGCUCCUGCUACUUCUAUCAGAACUCAGCCAUGAGCCGAUACACGCUACUUUCUGGCGUCCUUUAUAAGUUUUUGGGGGCAAUCUUCUUCCUGCUGGCCAGCAUCUUGUACCAGCCUCCUCCACAGUCGCCGCGAAGCAGCCAUGAAAGCAGUGACCAAGAAACCUGCAAUAAGAGCGACUUUCCCGCGAAAGACGUGGAUGAAGACGGUGUCAUCGUCAACCCGCAUGCCAGAUUUUGACAAGAGUCUUGGUUUAAGUGGCCGGUGCUUCUUGCAUACCUUCAGCCUUCUCUCAGCCGUAGGGAGAUUGUUUACCAGCCCUCAAGCCAAACUUCCUCUCAGUUCUUCCUCAAUUUGACAUUGAUGCAUCACCUUCAUUUAAAUGGGUGACCAACUAAGGAGAAAUGAAGUCAUUCUUUUUAUUUGAGUAUGUAAAGCAUACAAGACACACGUUACGUAGCAUCUACCUUGAGUGACGGAAAAGCAUAUCGAUCCAUUUGCUUCUUUUUUUGUAUGCCUCAGUGCUUCCUUCGUUGCUCCCCACAAAUAGCCAUGCAGAUGAAUGUCUCCCAAUACAUCUUUUGUUGUCACUUCCAUCCAUAUGAUAUGGAAGCGUUUGGAAGAGUGGAUGAUACAAUCAAAUCGGAAAAGCACAUUUAUACUUUUGAUAUCGAUUUGAACACGUGGAGGCAAACUUGACAACCAUUUGCUGGAUUUUCUUUCAGUCAUCAAGCACGACUGUUCUAGCGAUUGCUCUCAUUUCAGUUCAUCAUUUGGUUUGAUUUGCCCUGUUCAGCAGAUUGAAAAAGUAAAAGUCGCUCGUGAAUUUCUCCUUGAAGCCCAACAAACUACAGUAGCUGCACCUUCAGAAAAUAUUUGGAGGAUUCUAAUGAAGCUCCCUGCUGUUUCUUCGGAGAGAACUGCAACGGAAAUGUGACUACAAAUGUGCCAAAACUUUUUCACUACUGUAAUGUAUGCAAAUACUGUAUAACACUUUUUGUAGCACAUUGAUUGUUUAAUGUUGCUUUCAUUCCUCUCCAUCUAUUGUUGACAUAAAAUAUGGUCUUAUUAUGGAUGACGUGACUACGCCUCGUGCCAGUGUUGUACUUUUCAGCCUUUUUUUAACUAAAUGUUUUUUUUCAGGAAUCUGACGCUGACUCUGAAUAUAUUUUUAUGUGCUGAUUCAAAGAUAUAAAGUAUUCAUAAAUAAAGCCUCAGAUAAAAUUGUGUGUUUUUGCAUGUGUUGGGGGGAUGGAAAGAGCUCUUUUUUUUCCCCCCUCAAAACACGAUAAACACCAAAUUUUAAAACUAUUUCUUGCCAUGCUAUUGUGCAAAGGCUCAAUUAUCUUCUGUUGAACACGCCGACAGUGCCCCAAUGAAUUAUUUCAACAAAUUAAGAAUGAAU